AGCCGUUGCGGCGUCUACUCUUUAUAUGUCUAUGGUUGCAACAGCCCCCCCUGCUGACACGCAUUCAGAAACGCAGGAAGAAGAACAUCAACAACUUCCAUUUGGCUGGUGAAAUGAUGCUGCUACUCAUGAUAGGCUUUUACGAGGAUUAAUCCAGCAUUCUGAGGCUGAAAAUGAUCUCACUGAGCUAUAUUCUGUUGUGUGGACAGUUCUUGCUCCUGCUGACGGUGAUUCUGUUACAAUGUCUGGAAGGAAUUCACUCUCAAAAUUCAACGACGACAGAGACUCCUGCUUCUUCUCCUGUCCAGGGAACUACAGCGCUGUCGUUCGGCGAGCAGCCGCCCGAAAACGGCAAAUAUGAAAUACCGAUGAAUUCUACAGAGCAGUAUGAGUACAGACCCCCUUCACCAGUCGUCCUCUGCAGCUAUCUACCGGAGGAGUUCAUCUACUGUCAAGACCCAGUAGAUCAUGCAGGCAACCAUAGCGCCUUUCUGGAGAUGGGCCAUGGUUGUGUUGGGUGGGGUGGCCAGACUCAAAAAGAGGUGAACCACACACCGGUUAUCUGCACUGCACUCGAUGCUAUAGAGUGUGCCGGACCCAGAGAAUUCCUCAGAGGAAAUGUACCCUGUAUCAAAUACUCCGGACAUUACUUCAUCACCACGCUGUUGUACUCCUUCUUCCUGGGUUGUUUUGGGGUCGAUCGUUUCUGCCUGGGCCACACCGGCACAGCUGUCGGGAAGCUGCUCACCUUGGGCGGCCUGGGAAUUUGGUGGUUUGUGGACUUGAUCUUGCUUAUUACUGGCGGCCUGAUGCCCAGUGACUACAGCAACUGGUGCACUUACUACUGAGACUGACAGCAGAGUAUUACUGAGAACUCUGACCUGUUCUCAGUGCUCAAAUCUGGGGAAUGACCUCAGCCUGUAAUGGAUAUGAAUGAUAUCUGUGGCUUGUUCGAAGAGGAUUCCCAGGGACCUCCUGAGGAAAUAAAUUUGUUAUUAUUCUUAUCAAAUUCACUAAGGACUAUAGUUCCCACAACUUACACCAGACCGACAGUGAUGACAUGCUACUUGUUUCUAAGGUCAGUUUUUACAUCUGUAGUUGAAUUUGUAUGGUCAGGACCAAGGAAAAAUGCUCUGGUCAGCUUCAUGUUUACACUUACCUGCACACCUGACAGAGUCGGACACUAGAAUGACAAACAGAGGUCUGUUUGUAAUGGAUAUGUUGGGGGAAUCACUGCACUUAUAUGGUGGCAUGUGUUCGUGUUACCAUGGUUAUCAAACGAUUAGCAGAAAAAGAUUGCAUCCUUGACAGAUGACAAACAGUAGUUGGGUCUAAUAGAAGUCUGGCUCUGGAAUUCUCGCUAAUACAUAUCUACCAUCCGACGAUACGGUAGUUGCUCGUUCUGGCUUUCUCACCGCAAACAGACCUAAACAGACAGAGACCCUCCUAACCCUCUUCACUGCUCUUGGAAGUGGACUCCAGAGUGAUUAAUUUGUCGGAUGACCCUGCACAUGAUCUUGUAAUAACACAUUUGUUUUUGGCAGGAAAAAAAUGGUACAAAGACACCCUUAUUUUGCCCUUUUCUACUUGUUUGUCACCAUAUGUAAUAUUUACUGUCCGGUGUCUGUACCAGUAAUAAUCAUCAGUUAUGUUUUUAUGAACCUCUAAUGACUCCAGAGAAGAACAACAUAGACACAUAGCGCUCAGUGAAGUGCAGCAUGACUGACCUCAGCAUGUAGAAAUACGGGCAUCAUAUGACAUCACCUGUCAGUCGACAUGACUGCUUUAGAGCUGCAACAGUUAGUUGAAUAAUCAAUUAUUCAGUCAGAAGGAAAUUAACCGCCAGCUAUAAUUGAUAGGUGCAAUGAUUUUUCAAACAAAAAGGUCAAACAUUUGUUGGUUCCAACUAUUUUAGAUGUGAAAAUUUGAUGAUUUUAAUUUAUCAUUGGCUGGAUGGACACAAUAAGAAAUUGAAGACAAAGGCAACAAUGUAUCUUUUUUUUGUCAAUUAAGACCACAUCAUCUGAACUACAGGUGUGAAAGUGACCAGAAAUCCUUUAGAACAAGUCUGAAGCACAUCACUUUGGGAAUGAUAUGAUACAGCCGAGUUGACAGUCACUGCUCACAUACAUAGUUCAUUCUACCAAGAAUCCUCUGUUCCAGUUACAAAUUCUGAACAAAUUGAAAAUAUUCUACAAUUUCCUGAGUGCAGCAUUCUACACAGAAUUAUCAUCAUAGCUUUCCCUCUUCAAAUUACCAGGAAAAGUUUGAACCUUAAGUGGCUUCAUCUGCUAGAGGUGAUGUGACAUCUCUGUUUUAUUGCUGUUUGAAUGUCUUCUGACAGUUCUUGGAUCGAUCAACUUUAUAGUUUCAAGCAAGUGGGACCACAAAACUCAAGGUGGUCUGUGUUCACAUAAUUCAUGUUAAACAUGUUGAUAAUUAAAUCGUUUUCAGUAUUGACUCAAAGAAGGUUUUGAGCUGGGGAAAGCAGUAAUUUCCAUUGUCUCAAGAAUUUGCAUCCUUGCUGUGUUGAAGCAUUUUUCUGCUCUGCAUUCAAGUGUAAGUCUGACUCUGCUCAGAUGUCUUGACCUAAAACAAAUUUUCAUCCUCAUUGGCUUUCAACAGCUAUGCUCAGGUCUCACAUAAAAUAUUUAAAUCUCAUCUUCCACUUUGUUAAAUUUCUCAUCUUUACCUGAACUGAAGAUUCAUGUGCUAUUUAAUAUAUAGAGCAGGUUUGAUUAUGUAAGGAUCAAUAAAAUCCUUUCAGGUCAUAAAAAGUUGAGGAAGACAUGAUGGUUAAUAUCUUGACUCUUCUCAUCCAGCAGCAGCAAAAUAUUUUCAGCUGGCUUGAUGUCUUUUAAAGGGGGAAGCAUUAAGGCACUGCAUUACAUAUGGCACAUUUUCAUGUAAUUCACGAUAUGGCCAUUUAUAUGGCAAUAUAUGAUACUAUUUAUUUAUGUUCUUGUGUGUUGAGUCAUUCCUCAGUCCAAUGUUGAGUUUACAGUUUUUCCCUUUCUAAAUACAAAUAAAUUUAAAAAACUCAAAAGGAAACCCA